ACCCGAGAUGGACACACGACAACGGAAGAUACCGACACGAGCCCACACCAUUCAUCGUCCAAUUCUGCCACGUACACGGCAACGGACAGUACGAACCAUCCCAGCGUUAGCUACAACAUCAACUACAGCGUCAACCAACCGCACCGGGUGAAACUUUCCAUUGCCGCCAGUGCAAAAAAUGCCAUUCCGGACUCCGGUAUCCAUCUGAGCAACAACAACAAUGUCAGCUACAACAACGGCAGCAGUCAUGGCGGUAACAACGUAAAUAGCCAUUCUUACACCUCCGUCAGCCACGCUACCGGCGGUGGUCAUCCGUGCAGUGGUGAUCCUGUUCGCAUGAUUGCUGCUGCCGAUGCCACUAGCAACGAUCACGAUAACUGCAAUAAUAAUCAAAGCAAGCCAUCGGUGCAAGGCGCGUCUCCGAUCGUGGUAGGGAAGGCACCGGAGGAGCAUAAUCGACUGAACAACAACCACAUCGUGCCACGGAUCGGGGAUGGUGCCGGGUCCUCACCGGUGCCAUCCUCGCUGCCGUCGCCAACGGUUUCGACCCGUAGUUCCGUUCCGCGCACGGAUGACGUCUCUAUCGGGCCCGAUUGCACUGCGACCAUCGAUACGACCGAUACCACCAGCACGCACACCACCAGCGACACCGUCGAUCAACGUUUACCCGUGCUGAAUGAUGUGCGGACGUACCCUCCAGAGCGGCAGAACAUAAAUCCUUCCGCAACACGGCGACAACCGGCAGCAGCAGUGCGACAUUAAAUAUGGCCGCAGUAUGACCCAAGCGCAUGGCACAUGAAACUUGUCGAAGGGAAGCAGGAGAAUGGAGGACACCUCCCAAAAAACGAUCUCAAGCACGUGAUAAUGAAGAGAAACAAGUGACACGAUGUCGAGCGAAUUACAUUACCAACCAUCCAGAGCCAAUGGUUGCGAGUUCGCUCGCAUUUAUCCCACUUUUUUCUCGUCCGCUACCAUUUCGGAACCGGCCACCACCAUUAUGCGUUGUUUUCCUGACGAUGCGUGUGUGUGUGUGGGUAUGUGUUUGGUGAGUUUUUUUGUGUAUGUGUGCCGGGUUUGUUAUUACUGCCAACAGCCGUCUGUUAUGCUUGUUAUCUUGUCCUGACUGACGAGGGGCCGGACCACAAUUUCUCAUGUUCCAAACGCGUGGCCAUGUUUUAUGCUUAAGUUUGACGCUUUCGCCCCCAUCCAGGGCAACCGCAACGCAAAGCAACACACAAAAAAGCACGGGGCAAACACUCUCGGCUAAACAAAGGGCAUGUUGUUGUAGCCGCUAACCAGCGGGAUGAAGUGUUUUUCCCGCAUCCUCAACGCCGUACAGUUGUUUAUUUUGUGCACUGUAGUUUGCGGAUGCAAAUAGAAGAGAGGGAGAGAUGAACCAUCCCAUACGACACGCGAGGACGAUGAUUUAUGCUGGUUGAAACAACGGCGGUGGCGAUCCUUUGGUUGAUAGGAUGAUUUGUCUGAAGAGUGCCGCUCAAAAUAGUGGAUGCAGAGAACGAAGCCAACAGACGCACGACCUCUCGAAGGAUACAGCACAUCGUUGGAGACCAAAAGGGGAAAGCAAGCGUAAUGCAUUCAAUGCGAACGACUUAUGACGACUUUCAUUUCGGUUAGCGAAAACGGGCCUAUCCGAAAGUCGCUCAGCAGUCGCGGUGCAGGUGGGUGAAGGAGAUUUACCGCCUAUCAAUCGUCGGGUUUCCAACGGAGGAGUAGUGAAAAAAAACGUCAAUAUCGUACGUUACUGGGAAGACGAUAAAUCGCUGUCGAGGCAAUUCUAUCCAUCACCCGCAGCAGAAGAAGCCAAAGGCAAUUCAUUUCCGUGCGAGCAAAUGUGAUCCGUUUCGGAAUCGAGAGUGUGUGUGUCUGUUCGUUGGAAGAUGUCAAACUGGUGGAGACUGUUGACCAUUAACUGGUGUGUCUUGUGUCCAUCUCGGAAGCUAUUUUCGUGAGGUUGAUAGGCGAGAGAUAGAGAAAACAAAUGGUAGAAAUAACACACGGAGUCGUAGAUGUUUUUGGGGCCGGUUUUCGUAAAUAUAGUCAGGUUACCGAUCAAAAACGCUUACUAUCACAAGUGGUAGAAUUUCAUCCCUACAAUCCGCACAGGACAUCGAACGGUGACAUCGUAACACCGUUCCAAUACACCUCAAAUCCUAGCGACGGUUGAGUGGCGAGUAACGUGAGUAGUGCGUGCAGGAAAAAAUACUGUAUAACACUGCAUCGUCCUCUAUUCGCUUGCUAUUAAUAGCGGCAGCUCAGAACGCAUCUGCCUGGGCGAUAUCCGAUGCAGCCCAGGCAGCGCACUUGCACCGACUUGAUAGAGAUGAUGAUGAGAUGAUGAAAACCAAACAGGAAGCACUAUGGUGAAGAGCAAAAACAUUCCCCCAGACCCAUGCACACACAGAAACACACAGGCCAUAUCCUUCACGACUGGCAAUAUUGAUUGCGAACGCCACUGGAAACACGUCAUAAGCACGAGCUCGGGUUUGGUCCACUUUUUUAUCAUUUUCCUACUACCCACUGAGUUUGGGUAAAGUUUUGAUUUCAUUUCAGCCUGCCUCAACGUGCCCGCGUUCGCUCACUGGACAUUUAUUAAUGUGUAGAACAGCACGGAAAAAUUUCGCUUGUCCAUGUUCACCUGUUGUGUCGGAAAGAUAUUGCGUUUCUAUUGGGUUUCUCGCUACCAAAAAACAGCAGAAAGGCAACACGUUGCCGUGUUUGUCGCUUGUCAAUUAUUUGAAUUUAAACAAAAAAGCGUCCUAGACCUCUCCGGUAGCCCACAUAGCACAAGUAAUACGCUGAGCUCCGCUAAACGAGCAAAGUUGAUAGCGGACAUGCUGAAAAAAAAACAAUGAAAGUCUGUUUAAAACAAAAGUUCACAGAAAAAUCUAACCACAUCACAUCUCGGUGGUGUAAGC